GGGGAGGGGGGGGUGAGAGGUCAGAGAGGAGCUGUCAUGGCGACUGAUGGAGCGGAGAUUUGAGCUGUAAUGUAACUCGGAGCCGGAGAGCGAUCGGGGCUGCGACCGACCGACCGCCGGGAUCCUCCCGCCGCCGCCCAGCACCCCGAUGACACCAUGUCUUACUACAACGACGAGCCCCGAUACACCAUUGAACAGAUCGACUUACUGCAGCGCUUACGGCGAUCAGGAAUGACUAAACACGAGAUCAUUCACGCGCUGGAAACAAUGGAGCGGCUCGACCAGGAACAGAACGACAAGUUUGUCAGGCGGCCCAACUACAGCAGUAAUUACGGCAACAACGUCUCGGCCUCGUCCUCCACAGCCUCCGCCGCCACGCAGACUCAGAGCAUCGCCCAGUCACCCUCGCCCAGCAACAGCUACGACACCUCCCCGCCACCGUACAACGCGAGCCACAUGGGGCGAGAGAACGCGGCGAGCGAGAGACUGUCAGUGGCGAGCGGAACUCUGUCUCCCCGAUACCAGAACAGCGUCAACCAGAGGUCGUACAGCUUUGACACGGGAGAGGAAGAUGCGGACCUGGAGGAGAAGGUGGAAGAGUAUAUGAGGAGGGAUAGCAAUGCAGUAAAAGAAGAAAUCAAAGCAUUUUUAGCCAAUCGCAGGAUUUCUCAGGCUGUGGUGGGGCAAGUCACAGGUAUAAGCCAGAGCUACAUAUCCCAGUGGUUGCUACAACAGGGUCUUGAUAUGAGUGAGCCCAAGAAGAGGGCGUUUUACAGAUGGUACCUUCUCGAGAAAAAUAGUCCAGGCGCAACUUUAAGUAUGAGGCCAGUGUCGACCACAACCACAGAGGAGCCCGAGUGGCGGUCAAAUGUCAGUCCAGUGACGGGAAACUUCCGGCUGAGGAGAGGAAGCAGAUUUACUUGGCGUAAAGAGUGUUUGUCUGUCAUGGAGAGUUAUUUUGGUGAGAAUCAGUAUCCAGACGAGGCAAAGAGGGAAGAGAUUGCCAAUGCUUGCAACACAGUCAUACAGAAACCAGGUAAAAAGCUAUCAGAGUUUGAGCGAGUUACACCCUUGAAAGUAUAUAACUGGUUUGCGAAUCGCCGGAAGGAGAUGAAGAGAAGAGCAAAUAUAGAAGCAGCAAUUCUAGAGAGCCACGGCAUCGACGUGCAGAGCCCUGGGGGACAUUCCAAUAGCGACGACAUCGAAGGCAACGACUACUGUGAGCAAUUUGUGUUUCUAUCCCCCUCCUCCACUCAGGACGAAAAUACGUGUCAUAGUGACCAUCAGCAAGACCCCAUCUCAUUAGCUGUUGAAAUGGCAGCUGUCAAUCAUUCAGUCCUCGCGUUGGCUGGCCAGGGAGGAAGUGAGAUCAAGACAGAAGCGAUCGACGAUGAUUGAACGUGAACGGACCACAGAUUUCAUUGACUGAUGCCUUUGCCACUCUGCGGUGCACUUUUUUUUAAGGGGACGAUGUGUAGGGGUGGGGGUGGGAGUAAAGAUGGCUCUGUUACCAGUUUCUCCUUCGGGGACUCGAUCCACAAGAUCAAGAAACUGAUGAAGCUCUUCACAAGUGUGGCUUGUGGAUUCGAGUAGUGAGCUUCUAAACGUGGGAGACUUGAACUCAAAACUGCACAACUGUAAAGUGAAAAGACACUACACAGCCAACGAGGAUCAUUUAUCAUGGUAUACGCGGGCAAUGUGCGAUGACGGCACAUUUAGUGAAGAGAAAUGCCCAUCAGUAACGUGUCCCAAAGUGACUGGAAAAUAAAAGGAAAGGGAGUUGUGUAAGAAUUCAGUUUCUUUGUAUUCUGUGCUGGUGUAAUACCGUCCUUUGUUCCGUGUCCAUAUGUAUGCUUCCUUCCACCUGUAUAUAAUUUGUAGUUAAUGGUCUGGAUUAGUGCCUUUUGACAGUAGACUGUUAUAGAACCCAAUUUAUAGUUUUUUGUAUAUUUUCAUUAAUUGAAUUUUUGGUUAGUUCAGAUUUUAUUUACCCCAAUAAAGCAAUAAAUACAAUCGAA